GCUCGUCGACUUCGCCGUGAGCGACGUCGGGCACACACUUUCGUGCUCGUCGACAACAUAGGCGUCUGCUGUUAUCGAGCCGGCGUUCACUGAACCGAUGACUUCCGCCCCUACAAACCCUUUGAAAGUACCGCCAUAUCAGAUCCAACCUCUGGUAGCCAGUGUCCUUCCCGGUUAUGACAAUCCAACUGAACCUACUGCCGAGGUUCGUUGUGCCCAAGCUCUAGGCUCAGAGAUAUAUAUCGGCUGCUCGAACGGGGAACUUCUACGUUAUGCGCUACAGGCAGACAAUCCAAACACUCCAGAGUCGUACCAACUCCUCUCUCGCCAGAGCCUUCCCAAUGCAAGGCCAAUUGAAGAAAUAGCUCUGCUGCCCAGCAUAUCCCGGGCACUCAUCUUUUCGGACAGACAGAUCCACGUAUAUACCCUGCCCUCGCUGGACCCCGUCCCACCAACUGUCAUCAAGCCCAUCCGAAAUGUCGUGACACUUGCGGUGGAAGACCAGCAUCUUAAACGCUCACCGCCGGCAGAUCCUUCACAUCCAGUGGAGGCAGUAGAAUUCUGCGUCAUCAAGCGCACCAGCAUCUCUUGUUUUAGCCUCAGUGACCGACUGCUGUUUCUGAAAGAUAUCCCGUUCCAUCAAGGCAUCCUCAUCGCUCGCCGCUCAGGCCGGUAUCUCUGUGUCCUCGUCGCUGACGACAAGACCUACGGGAUUAUUGAUUUGCAUGCCGCGUCUCUUGUGCCGUUACUCCCGCUUUCGCAGGCACCCAGCAUGGGUUCGUCUGACCCUCCCGUCAAGCCGCACAUACUUGUUGUCGGUGACAAUGAAUUCCUGAUCCUUUCAUGGACCGGUGCAAGCACGAUCGGCGUCUUCAUUACCGGGGAAGGAGAUCCCGUUCGUGGAACUCUGGAGUGGCCAAGUCACCCCGAGGCUGUUUGUCUUGACUACCCGUAUAUAACUACCUUGCUUUCAAAUGGUAAUAUCGAGAUCCACAGCAUCGAGACCCAGGCCAUAGUCCAAGUCAUCCCCGCACCCUCCACGUCUCCCGGCCCCUCCCCGCGCUCCGCCACCUUCCCCGUCGAGUCCGCCGUUCGCCGCAAUCUUGUGGCGUGCGCGAACAGAUACUUCGUCCCUUCCACGAAACGCUCGGAGAAGAUGAAGACGACGAGGGUGCGGCUGCUGAGGAAUACCAUGAUUCAUGAGAAUAUUAAUCUGGCGGUACCCGCGGAUCCGGCAAGGUGGAGGGAUAGUGGGAUCGAGCUUCCGGACGAAUAUGAUGAAUGAUCUCUUGUGCUGUCCUUUGGUAGCUGCGCUCAUCGUUAUCUAUCUUUUGUUCAGUCGUUGUGUUUUCUGCAGAUGCAUCGUUUGCGAGACGUCCGGAUAUCGGUCGGCGAAAUGUCUUCUGAUGACUUAAAGCUGC